UAGAUCCUAGUCUUUCGCGCCUUGCCGUCAUCCGUCACGGUCAUAUCUGGCGUCCAUUUGUUCUGAUUUUUGGAAAUCGUGUAUGUAAAAUUAUUGUAGACCUCAUUAUACUUAAAAUUGUAAAGACAGAAGAGAAGAACUCAAAGAAAGCGACCUAGACGUGUUAUGGGUGUAUUUUGAAGAACAGCAGAAAAUGCAAGCACUGGAUAAUCCUUGACAAUGGAAUUGCAAUCGGUCGCUUGGAUUUUUGUUGUAUUAUUCGUCGGACAGUUAAAAGUAGGCAAUGCUAUUUGUGGAAAAAAUCAGUACAGAAUAUUAAAAAAUAACUCAAUAUCAUGCCUGGCAUGUAAUACUUGUGCACAUGGACAAGGACUUGAUCCGCCCUGUGGUACCCUUUUGAAACAUCCUCCUACUCAGGUAGAUUGUUUUGAAUGUAAACUAGGGUUAACAUACUCUGAUGAAUAUGGACCAAGCUCAUGCAAGAAGUGCAGUCAUUGUUCCUCUCAUGAAAUAAUUACCAAAAACUGUACGUUGGAAUCUGACACAAUAUGUUCCCACACUUGUGAACAUGGAUUCUACUUUGACAAUUCAUCUCAUAACUGCCAGGCAUGUUCUUUCUGUUGUGGAGAUGGAAGAGAUAUACAGAUUGCAGCUUGUAAAUCACCAACUAAGAAGUGUUCAUUUCAUGAUGGAGAUAGAUGUGCACCUACUAAACCAGCAUCAACAUUGAUAACAGCUACACCYGUAGACAAAAAUGACCCAGCAAAAGAACAAAAGAACACUGGUGCAACUGUUGCCAUUGCAAUUGCAAGCUGUAUAGCUUCUCUGGCUAUUGUGAUUAUUUUAAUAUACUGUCUUAAGAAAAAAAGAAAAAAUCAAAGACAAAAAAUUCAAAAAGCAAAUAAUAUAGUAGUGCAAGAAAAUGGAGAUAUGCAUCUUCUAAGGUGUGGUCUUGAAGAGAUGAACUUUGAAUUGAGAUUACAGGAUUAUAUUGGCCCUAUKACAUCAACCAAACUGUUAGUUCAUGGUGGGGAAUUGUUACUGGAAGUGUUUUGUGAAAAUGAGAAUGACAAUUGUUGUUUUGGACAGUGUGAGUUUAAAUGGAAAAAAGAUGGAAUUGAAUUGAAAUAUGAAGAACAGAAGAUGUUGAAAAAAGAAGACAUGAAGAUUGUUGAUUCAGGGAAAUAUAUAUGUCAUUUGCAUUGUCCAAGACAUGAUAAAGAAAAAGAGUGUAAUGACAUGACCGUCCAUGUUAAACCAAGACAGGGUGAAGAGUUAAAACUCCUCAAAGAUAUAAAUUUGGAGAAAAGACAGGAGCUAGAACAGUUGAUAAAGCCUAAAGUUGCUGAUGUUGGUAACUGGGAGAACAUAGGUGCUCACUACGGCAUGAAACCAGAAACUCUUGCCUCCUUAAAAGAUGAAAACGACAGAGYUGAAAAAGUUUUUGAAUAUCUAUUUUCAGCUCAACCUGAACUUACUGUAUUUCACUUUUGUGAGUUCCUAAAAACUAUUAAUCAGCAAAAUAUAGUAAAAAAACUUUUAAAUGACUUAACUGUGACGAGAAAAGGAGCAGAUGCAAAUGKUUCUUUGAAUGAUACAAGAGACAGCGGAAUAGAUUUUGAAGAUCAUUGUUGUUUACAAGUAGAGCUUCCAGAACCGAAAAUGCCUGGUACAAUAUCAGCACGUAAGCAUAUUAUGAUGAAUGCAGCGUAUUCAGACUCUAGCAGAGAAGGAUCUCUUGACGAACUUCCUACAAGUAAAAAGAUGGUUGAAAGAAAGAAAAUUUAUGACAAUGGAAGCGACGCUGGAGUAAAAAGUAAGAGGAAACGUUCAUUUAACCGCCAAGAGAGUAAUCAAUCCAAUAAAAGUACAGGCAACAUGUCAUUAAACAGCAUUAAAAAUGCUGUAAGUAAUGCUAGUAACGCUGUUAGUAAGAAACUGACGACCCGGAGGCAGACAAGCUACUUCGAACAUAAAAGAGAUGAUGACACAGAUGAUUCUGAAGUAUGACUUCGAAGAUAUCAAUGACAAAAUAUAUACCAUUAGCUAUACCUGUUCACGCAAGUAAAGCUCUCCAUUGUUAACUUUAUAAACUGAAGUGAGAAUGGUAAGACCGGCGUUUCUUGUAUGUGUAUCCUUGUUUUAUUCUUCUUUAUAAUCGCAGUAAAUGAUGMGACGUAAAGAAAAUACUUCAUGGAGAGUGCGCGCGUGUGUUCGGUUUCUAUUCACAAGUUGUAAAGUAUCAAUAAAACGAACGAACGAGGAACGAGCGAGUUUUAUGAUACGAAACAAGAAGUGAAUAAAAACUGUACACAGCACUUUCCAUGGAGUUUACUGUUUAUUAUAUACAUACUGGGACAUUUAAGAGGAUAAUAUUUAUUUUCAAAAAUGCUUUGUGUAUUUGUAUUUCUAUUUGUGUUUCUAAGUGUAUUUCUAUUUUUUACUUUAAAGUACAUUCAGUAAAACAAAAUCUUAUCAGGACCACAAUUAAUCCUCUCGACCUAUGAAAAAGUAUUAUUUUGUUGAAUGCGCUAUAAAACCUAAUAUAAUAAGUUACAAUUAAAUCAAUAGGAAGACAAGUAAGAAAGUAGAAAGUGAAAAAUCUCAUUCAAGCAACUAUAUGAGUAGCUAUGACCCUUAAAUCCUGUUAAAAAAUAUAUGUAAAUUUUGAAAAUGGCGGUGUUCGACCAGAAAGUAUUCAUAAGCAAUUCAGGUGAUGAAACGCCAAAGAAAUCUCUUUCGUAUAAAAUUUCACCCUCAGCGUAGCUCAGCGGUGCAGCAACUUUGUCUUUGUUGUCUUUUUCUGCCUUUUUCAGUUUCUUUUGCUUAGAACUGCUUGAUAGAAUUUUCGCGCGAACGCAUCGUCAAGAGCUGGAAGGCCUGUCCAAGUGAAGUGAACAAAUAUCGUACGUCCAAUCAGAAAAGCGAACGGUGUUUUUUCKAUGUUCGUUUAUCAGUGAACGAACGAACAUUUUUUAAAUAGUAAAUGUGUCUCAGUUUGUGUAUAAUAAAUAGAGGAUAUUACAUGGGCGCGCGGAAAAAUAGAUAAAUGAGAAUACACUAUGAAAACGUGCAGACGGGAUCUUGUCGUGGAGUAUAUUAUGGUCAGUAUUAAACGUUUUCUCAAAUA